CCGGAUACUCUCUUUUCCUGCCUGGAAGCUGCAUUUAUCCACGCCACAGCUCUACUUCAGUCUGGUUCAUGCUGCGGAUCCUAGAGAAGAACAUGAAGCUGCUCUUUGCCAUCGCCCUGAUCGCUGGUUCGGUGAUGUUCUUGCUUUUCCCGAGCGGCUCCGAUGCAGAGGAAAAGCAGAAAGGACCCAAAGUCACUGCCAAGGUGUACUUUGACAUCAGAAUCGGAGAUGAGGACGCUGGACGCAUUGUGAUCGGGCUGUUUGGAAAGACCGUCCCAAAAACUGUUGAGAAUUUCGUUACCCUGGCAACUGGAGAGAAAGGUUUUGGAUUCAAGGGCAGUAAGUUCCACCGUGUUAUCAAGGACUUUAUGAUCCAGGGUGGAGACUUCACCCGAGGCGAUGGGACAGGAGGAAAGAGCAUCUAUGGAGACCGCUUCCCUGAUGAGAACUUCAAGCUGAAGCACUACGGACCAGGCUGGCUGAGCAUGGCCAACGCUGGCAAGGAUACCAACGGCUCCCAGUUCUUCAUCACAACUGUCCAAACCCCCUGGCUGGACGGCAAGCAUGUGGUCUUCGGCAAGAUCCUGGAAGGCAUGGAUGUUGUUAAGAAGAUUGAAGCCACCAAGACAGACGGCAGAGACAGGCCCCUGAAAGACGUAGUUGUCGCUGACAGUGGUAAAAUUGAAGUAGAAAAACCAUUUACGAUCGCAAAGGAAUAGGCGAAAGAGGGUUCAGAAGAAAUAGUUCUCCUGGAGCCGUUUCUUUUCUGGGGGAGAGGCAGAUUAUACCAGUGCCCAAAGGGGUAUUUAACACCUGCCCUGUCCUCUGUGGGGCAAUGCCCACCCCCACAUCUGACCAUCGUAACCAAGACAGUGAUGUCAUCUCCCUGUCGCUCAAGUAAUGUCUGACUAGUAAAGGGCUCGCAAGUUUGUGAAAGACCAUGGGUCCACUUCCAAAGACAUUCCAAAAUGUGACUAAACGUGCUGACUUUUUGUAAAGAGCACUCGACAAAUUAAAGUUUCAACGUUUUGUUA